AUGGAAGGAACGACCGCUACAAAUGGCAUGGCGAGAACAGCGACUAGAAAGCGAAGAUCAUCUGGCACAGCUUCUCAACAAAGCCCCAUCAUCUCAGAUAUUCCUAAUCUACCUGUAGCCCCCGAGGUACCAAAGACUAUACCGUCAUCCUAUCGUUCACCUUCAGACAAUGCCAAUGCUGAUCGUUCUUCGAAUACAUAUCCCGGCUCAUUUGCUCAAAGAGCAGCUAUUUUAACUGGAAGAUCACUGCCCCCAGAUCCCAACAACAAUAUAGCCACACCUCCGAACCCACCUUCAGGCAUUAAAAGUGAACGACGAACUAGCCUCAAUCGUCCAAUUGGUGGUGUGUAUUCCGAGAUCCAACAGCACGCAAGAGAUUCUUGGGGUAAAAGUCCAACGUCUCCUAGACGGAUCUCAUUUUCUGCAACUCCACAGGAAGCACAGGCCAAGAACCCUGCGUCACCGGCUCUUCAGGACACAUGCACAGCACGCUCAAGACAGGCCGGGCCUACACCGACAUCUGAUCAACCAAAAUCCUCUCGUAGUACUACUGUCACAUCGCGGGAUACUAGCGAUAAAUGGGCAUCUGACCGCUCUCCACUCCAAAAGCUUGAGGUAAAAUUGACCGAUAUUAGCAAGGAAGAGAAAAGAGCACGAGUAGAGCAAGCAGAACAACGACUGAGAGAUUCCAAAGUUGCAGCGCAAAAGAAAGCGGUGGAAAGCGCAAAGUCUCGCGAAGGGAUACCACCGAUACGAACUUCUGCUACGGAGUCGCGGGCAAGGCAUUCCAGCUCAAAUUACCCUCAGGAAUCAAAAUUUGCCCCUGCAUCGAACCGAGUUCGAGAAGAUCCGUCAAUUCACGAACCUAAUCGAGACGCUGUUCAACAACAACGCCGAGCCACCAGUGAUAAUUACCCUGAUCGAGGUGUAAGAUUCCGAAAUCAAGAUCGCUCGCCUGAGCUCGAUGCUGAAUCCGAUAUCAAAGAAGAAGACACAGGCUUAUACCAGAGUAGAGGACCUAGCGUACCGACUGACACAAUAUCGACAGCUCGACAAACUCGCCAUCCUAGCAUGCCUUCCACCUCUAGACAGGUGCUACCAGAGCAGAAGAAGCUUUAUAGCAACAAGGCGCAACCCUCGCAAAAGAAGGAUUCAGAAGCUGCAUAUGGAGGUAUAUCUGACGCCGUCUCCGCACGGCAAGUCUCCACUGGGCGGACACCAAGACAUGAGAUACCACCGCAGACAGCAGCAGGUAUCCGUGCACGACAGAGGGUAGGUUUCGGAAACAAUCCUCUCUUGACGGCCGAAGUCCCCACACAGCGCAAGCAUCAUCUUUCCAACAUUAUGCACCAUGCUCGGGAGCAAACACCAGAACCUGUCAUAGAUCUGCCGGCAAGGCCUAAUCACUUGAACGAAUGGAAAAAUGGAGGAGUCGCAAGGUUGACUGCGGAUGACUUUCUAGACAAUUCGCUUGAUGAGUCGCCAUGGUGGGAACAGCAGGGUUCAAAUGCUCGUCGACGUUCGCAAAGGAAUAGCGUCGGCUUUCAAGACCCUUAUCAGGAGGGAAAUGGUGAGUCUAGCUUGAUUUCUCUUCCACAAUCGAUUCAAACCCGAGAAAAAACACCGCAGACACGGCAAUAUGUUACAGCCGAAGAGACAAAGGACAAUGCUGUUGUGCGGCUAAGGAACAACUUGUCGUCGCUAUCGCAGCGCCUAAAGGGGAAAGAGACGAUCGAACUUCCUUUGACAUAUUCCUACUCAUGCACCUCCCUUGCUGAUCAUCAUCCUUUUCAUUCAAAUCAUAUAUGCGAGCCAUACUUGAGCAAAGAGCUAAUGAAGAGUAUGCGGUCUGUCCGCAUACGUGCAGUACCUGCUUCUACUACCUUUUCGCCCCCCUUGUUCCUCAAGUGUGGUCCUCUUUUGCGCUAUACUGGCAUGAGGAUUCAUAAAAUAGACAACAAACAGGUUGCGGCACAAAAAAGCGAUCAAGAAACUUGGCGAGGCAGCGUAAUGAUCGUCACGAACGAUGCCGAUUCGACAUACGACCCAGUCCCAGUACUGAGAUUAUUUCCAGAACCAAUGGAAAAAUUACCUCCGCCGCAGCGACAGCAAGCCGAACAUGAGAAAAGCGAAGAUUUACCCCAUCAUUAUAUGGACCCUGUAGCCGGGCUCCCAAAGCUUUCGAGAACCGGAAAGACCGUGUAUGUCAAGCCAGUAGAUGAUUUAGAGCAUGCGAAGGACCUUUCACGACUUGAAGGCAACGAUGACGGGCUGUUUGAGGAUUUUCGAAGCGCUGCGGUUCCGACUGCUUAUGGCACGCCUGAAUACAGGCCUGGUCACGGUGGACCUUCGCCACGCCAAUCUCGUUCCAAACCCAAGCAAAGAAAGGGACAUAGGGUCAAGGGUGUGCGACUUCAUGCAGAACGAGGCGUAACAUUUUGGCGCUUUAAUAUAGAAGUAGAAUUGCAGUCUGCAGACACUAGAAUUGCUUACAGCAUCAACGGUGGUCCUUCGACAGGAUUUUGGGUGCCUGGAAGAGGUCAGACCAUGAACGUCAUGUUCCACAGCUGCAAUGGCUUCAGUCUGAGCGUAAACCCUGACGACUUUUCUGGUCCCGAUCCGUUGUGGCGAGAUGUGCUCAACAACCAUCAAACUCAUCCAUUUCAUAUUAUGAUUGGGGGUGGCGAUCAAAUAUACAACGAUGCCGUGAUGAGACAGAGUCCACUUUUCCGCGAAUGGCUUGACAUCAAAAAUCCCCAUCAUAAGCACGAAGUAGAGCUGAGUCCUGCUUUGCUUGAAGAACUCGAGACCUUCUAUCUGGAACGUUACUCAAUGUGGUUCUCACAAGGUCUAUUCGGUAUGGCGAACGCCCAAAUACCAAUGGUCAACAUCUGGGACGAUCAUGACAUCAUCGAUGGCUUUGGAUCCUAUCCGCACCACUUCAUGAGUACGCCGGUGUUCUGUGGGCUAGGAAGUGUGGCAUUUAAAUAUUACAUGCUAUUCCAACACCAAAGCGUACCAGACGAGACUACAGCUGAUGAACCAAGCUGGCUCUUGGGAGCUUCUCCCGGGCCGUAUAUCAAUGAGCUCAGCCGAAGUGUCUUUGUCUCUCUGGGAAAGCAUGUAGCCUUCCUCGGAUUGGACUGCCGCACGGAACGCAUGAAAGAAGAAAUCCUCAGCGAGUCUUCCUAUGAUAUCAUUUUCGAGAGAUGCAGGAGAGAGAUAGCAGAAAGAGGGACCAAGCAUCUCAUUGUCUUGCUGGGCGUUCCUAUCGCAUAUCCGAGGCUGGUCUGGUUAGAAAACCUGCUGACUAGUAAAGCCUUGGAUCCCCUUAAGGCCAUGGGAAGAAUGGGGCUUCUGGGUAAUGUCAUGAACAAGUUCGACGGCGGAGUAGAGAUCUUAGAUGAUCUUGAUGAUCAUUGGACUGCACGCAAUCACAAGCGUGAGAGGAAUUGGUUCGUCCAGGAAUUGCAGGAGCUCGCGGCAGAUCUAUCUGUGCGAGUCACAAUCCUGGGAGGAGACGUUCAUCUCGCAGCCAUCGGUCAAUUCUUCUCAAAUCCAAAGCUAAAGAUACCGAAAGAUCGAGACCACCGCUACAUGCCGAACGUCGUCUCGUCUGCCAUUGUCAAUACACCUCCGCCAGAACUUAUGAGCGAUGUUCUCAAUAAGCGUAACAAAACGCACCAUCUAGACGCCGAAACAGACGAAAACAUGAUACCAAUGUUCUCGCAUGAUGUUGACGGUAAGCUGCGGAACAAUAAACGUCUCCUUCCGCGACGAAAUUGGUGCUCUAUCCGAGAAUACCUGCCUGGAUCUACUCCUCCGCCAACACCACCACACUCCGAACCGGAGACUACUGAGGAGGAAGAUCUACCAAAAAGACCCACGCCUCUACAGAGGACCCUGUCACUAACGCGUGGCGAUGUCAAACCCGGGAAUCUCAUCCGGCGGCUUUCAGGACGUGGGCCCCCGAACACAUAUCUUACUCAAGGAUACGAUACGCCAUCCCCACCUCAAAGUCCAGCUGACAAUGAGACUUUUGUGAGGAAGUCCCAGGUCAGCCGCUCUUCCACUGCGCCUAUCGGUGAAGUGGACCCCCAGAGGCACUCGUCUGCUCCCCAACGCCCUACCUUUCUCCGCCGACCCACAAACCUUAGCGAAAAGGCAGCACACAAAGGUGAUCCUGAAGAUACAAAUGACCACGUUAAUCUUGAAAAUGGUCUAGAUAUCACACUUCAUUGCGAGGUUGAUCAACAGAAUCCUGCGGGAGAGACUACGCCCUAUCGUAUUUUAAUCCCUGCACUUUUCUACCAAGGUGAAGGUGAUGAAAAUACCGCUGCACUUCGCCGACCAAAUUUGCUGAGACGUUUGACAAAUCUGCGGGAUCGGAAGUCACAUCAGGUUGCUCACGCUCACAGCGAAGGCUCCGCUAGUCAAGCAAGUUUGAGCGGCAGUGAAUCUACAGAGGAAGAAUCUGAGGAAGAGCGCAUCCGACCACGCCGCUGGAGUUUUGGUUUGGAGAAGCGUAGAAGAUAUAGAGACCAAACCCCACCUCAGGUCCGUGAUUCGCCGGAUUUGAAGCCGCCGCCUUCAAAAGAUCCCAAGGUCGAGGCGCAGAGACUAGGUCAAUUCCGUGAUCGGCCUCAGGGGCAACUACCCUCGCCACCACAUUCACAACAAAAAUACAAAGAUACGCGGCGACAGGCUGACAUUCUUGAUGCGGAGCGAGCGGCUUCAGUCGAGGAAUUCGAGGUGCCACCGUCACGUCACGCCAAAAGAUACGAGGCACUGGAUGGCUCAAUCUCUGGAGAUGAGUCUCCGGCUCGGCAGAGACUGGACAGCAUUGACUAUCAUGACUACGUAGAUCCUGGUAACAAAAGACAAAGUGGUGCACCUCCAGCAAGAAGACUAAGCAAAGCCGACAAGAUGCUAGGAAGCGAUGUGCCCAUACGCGUCAAUAGCGGCCACGAUCAAGACAUGUACGAUGAUGCUUACAGGAUGAACUCGGCGGAGUCAGGGCCAGGUUCUAAGAGGACAUCGGGUUACAGCGGCAUCGAAGCUUAUAGCGACGAGAAGAAGGGCUGGAGAAAAUCACUAAAGUUCUUUUGA